UCGUGCAGCUGCUAUUCCAUCCUCGAGCUCUCUCUGAGCCGCACAGACAAGAAGCACGCGCGCUCCUGUCCACCUCCGUCCCUGUCACAGACCGGUAGCUCCGUCUCUGUCCGGAUAACCGAGCAUACUUCUCCUUCUGCUGAGAACACACAAGCUAAGGAAACAUGGAGGCCAUCAAGAAGAAAAUGCAGAUGCUGAAGCUGGAUAAGGAGAACGCAAUAGACCGGGCAGAACAGGCUGAGGGGGACAAGAAGGGAGCGGAGGAUAAAUGCAAACAGCUGGAGGAGGAGCUGCUGGGUCUGCAGAAGAAGCUGAAAGGUGUAGAGGAUGAGCUGGACAAAUACUCAGAAUCGCUGAAGGAUGCCCAGGAGAAGCUGGAGCAGGCAGAGAAAAAGGCAACAGAUGCUGAGGCAGAAGUGGCAUCUCUGAACAGGCGUAUCCAGCUGGUGGAGGAGGAGUUGGACAGAGCUCAGGAGAGACUGGCGACUGCUCUGCAGAAGCUGGAGGAGGCUGAGAAAGCUGCAGAUGAGAGUGAGAGAGGAAUGAAGGUCAUAGAGAACAGAGCAACAAAAGACGAGGAGAAAAUGGAAAUCCAGGAGAUGCAGCUGAAGGAGGCCAAACACAUUGCUGAGGAGGCCGACCGCAAAUAUGAAGAGGUUGCACGCAAACUGGUGAUCCUUGAGGGUGAUCUGGAGCGUUCAGAGGAGCGUGCUGAGGUGGCCGAGGCGCGAGUGAGGGAGCUGGAGGAGGAGCUCAGACUAAUGGACCAGAAUUUGAAGUCCAUGAUGUGCGGAGAGGAAGAGUACUCACAAAAGGAAGACAAAUAUGAAGAAGAAAUAAAAGUUCUGACUGACAAACUUAAAGAGGCUGAGACCCGUGCAGAGUUUGCAGAGCGGUCUGUGGCCAAGCUGGAGAAGACCAUUGAUGAUCUGGAAGAGAAACUGGCCCAAGCCAAAGAAGAGAACCUGGACAUGCACCAGGUGUUGGAUCAAACCCUUCUGGAGCUCAACAAUCUAUAGAGACCUCCACAGGGCUGGGUGGAGGAUUGCUCAAAAGAUAGAACAAGACUAAAAAGGUUUCAUAUUAAAUCCAAAGCUCCCAGCAUACACACCUACAGAUGGAAUCUUAAUGUAACAUCAGCAGUUGUUAAAAAUGAAACCAAAAAUAUAAAAAACAAGCAAACAAAGAAACAAAAAAACAAAAAAAACAACAAAUAAAUAUGAGGAUUGGUUCACGUGUAAAAUGUGACAUGGGUUUCUCUUGCAAACUGAAAGCUAUUUUUUUGUACACAAGGAACUGAUGCAGGCACUGUAUAGUUCAUCCAAAAUGAUCUUAUCAUCAAUAAAAACUUCCAUGCAAAUGUAA